CAAAGUGCUCUCCGCCAUACAAAUAAAGUGCGUAAUGUUAUCAAUUUAUUUUAUGUUCUAGUACUGUACACGCUUCAGAAACGAAAGAAUAGCUGUCCAAUAGAAUGUGGGAUGGGGGUUAGCACUGGAAGUCACAGUCGGGUCAAGUUUCACUCUGAAAAUCAGGUUGUUCUUCAGGACCCUUUUUAACACCCAUCUCCGCCCCCCGUUUGGAGUGCCCCGGACCAUUUCUCCUGGGGAGUCUAAGGCAUCAGUCCUUCCAAACUUCUGCUCACGGAUGUAACGCAUCUCUGGAAAUACUAUAGCUCAUCAUUUGCACAGAAAGCAACUUUGUUUGAUUCCAAGGUUAAGUUAGGUAUCUAUCCUAAUUCGCCUGUAGGAGUGAAAACAGACAAUUACAGAUGAGUUUUGGACAUUUUCCAAUAUUUAAUUAGGUUGUAGUUGUUCAAUACUAUUCUCAAAGCAUACAGAUGUACUAGAAAGAAAAUGACGGAUAUCGUGUUGAAGUGCCUUGCCUUGGCACUCAUCAUCAGCGCGCACAAUGUGUCGGCAAUCCAGCGGGUUGAGGAAGAAGUUGGGUCCAGUGACAGCGCUUCAACUCUGGCCUUUGUGUUCGAUGUUACCGGCUCCAUGUACGACGAUCUCAAACAGGUGAUAGAGGGCGCUUCUCGGAUCCUGGAGAAAACUCUCAGCCGGAGGACCAGACCCAUCAAAAACUUUGUCCUUGUCCCAUUUCAUGACCCAGACAUCGGCCCGGUGUCCAUCACCACUGACCCCAGGAAGUUCCAGCAGGACCUGCAGGAUCUGUUUGUCCAGGGUGGAGGAGACUGUCCUGAGAUGAGUAUAGGAGCCAUCAAGAAAGCCCUGGAGGUCUCCCUGCCUGGCUCCUUCAUCUAUGUCUUCACGGACGCCCGGGCCAAGGACUUCCGGCUGAAACGAGACGUCUUGCAGCUGGUGCAGCUCAGACAGUCACAGGUGGUGUUUGUGCUGACGGGGGACUGUGGCGACCGCUCCCAGCCUGGGUACCGUGCCUACGAAGAGAUCGCCGCCACCUCCUCGGGACAGAUCUUCCACCUGGACAAGCAGCAGGUCAACGAGGUCCUGAAGUGGGUGGAGGAGACUGUCCAGGCCCUCAAGGUCCAUCUGCUCUCGUCCAAUCAUGACAGCGCGCAGGAGAACCGGUGGGAGGUGCCCUUCGAUCCCAGCCUCAGAGAGGUCACCGUGUCUCUCAGUGGCCCCGCCCCCCAGAUCCAGCUCCAGGACCCCCUCGGCAGGACGGUCGGCGUGGAGGAGGGGCUCACCGAGCUGUUGAACAUCCCCAACUCUGCCCGCGUCGUCAACCUCAAGUUCCCACGGCCGGGAGCCUGGACUCUCAAGACGAGCUGCGGAGGCCGGCACACUCUGAGGGUGACAGGAGUCAGCAAGCUGGACUUCAGAGCCGGGUUCUCCAGCGUUCCUGUCUCUGAGUUUAACCACACGAGGGAGAGACCGAUAAAAGGCGUCCCUGCCCACGUCCUGCUAAAGUGUACGGGCCUGGAGGCCCCGGGCCUGCUGAGCUACGUGGAGCUGGUGUCUGGAUCAGGGCGCUCCAUCCGCACCCUCCCCGUGCCCCUGCCCUCUGACGGGGGCCAGCGGGGUCUGUGGGCGCUGCCCGAGUUCCGGACCCCCUCUCAGAGCUUCUUCCUCAGGGUGACGGGUAAGGAUGAGGAGGGAUACCGCUUCCAGAGACUGUCCAGUGUGUCCUACACCAACAUCAUCCCAGACCCCCCUGCGGUGAGCAUGCCCACUGCGGUGAAGGGUUUUUACAUGCAGCCCGCUGUGAUUGGCUGCUCCGUGGACAGCGACGUUCCCUAUAGGCUGAGAUUCACCAGGGGCGGGCUCACCCUAGGAGAAGAGAAGCAGUUUCAGUUUUCAGCCAGAGCAUCAUGGGAAAUCCCCCAGGCCUCAGGCGAUGACGAGGGAGCGUAUGAGUGUGUGGCUCAGAGCAGCGCUGGGCUGGGACGGGCUCUCACACAGCUCACGGUCAGAGAACCUCCUCCGGCGCUGAAGGCCCCCGUCAACGUCACCUCGUCCGUGGGGAGCACGGCCACCCUGUCGUGCCAGGUGGAGGGGUCCAUGCGACACAACCUGACAUGGUGGAGGCAGGGGCGGGUCCUCCUGGCCCGGGGGGGCAGGGUGAGGGCGCUGGGGAACGGCUCCUCCCUGGAGGUGAGGGGGGUGACGCUCCAGGACGCGGGGGAGUACCAGUGCGUGGCCACCAAUGCCCAGGGAGACAGCAGGGUCUCCUUCUGGCUCCUGGUCCCAGAGGCUCCCUCUGUGGUGAUUCAGCCCCAGGGUCAGGCCUUCUCUUUGGGGGACGAAGUCCGGCUCGUCUGCUCCGCCUCUGGAUCCCCCUCGCCCCAGCUGUUCUGGAGUCAUGGAAACCUCUUCCUUAGUCAUCGUCCAAGAUUGACUCUGACCCAACAAGGGGUCUUGACCAUCUCUAACGCCCAGCCUCAGGAUUCUGGGAACUACACAUGUCUGGCGACCAAUGAGGCUGGGACUUCCUCUCAGUCAGUGACUCUGACAUUUGCAGAGGUCCCCCGUGUUGUGGCCAAGCUCAAGGUGGUCCUGGUGGCUGUCGGAGGGGAUGCCACCCUGCAGUGCCUCGCCACAGGUGCCCCCCCUCCCAAGCUCCACUGGUUUAAAGGGGACUUGCAGGUGGGCUCCUGGCCGUUUGCUGAGCAGGAUGUGGAGCUGGGCGUGCUGCUGAUCCGAGGGGCGCAGGUGAUGGACGCGGGCCGCUACAGGUGCGAGGCCCGCAGCUCCGCUGGCACGUCCUCGGACACCGUCACUCUGGAGGUCGGAGAGGGACCCGUGUUUCACGAGGUGCCGGGGGACGUCGCGGCCAGCGUCGGCGAGAACGUCACCAUACCCUGUGUCGCCAGGGGUUUCCCGUUGCCCGCGGUGACGUGGCGGAGAGAGGACGGCAGGCGGGUCCAGACCAGGUCUGGUAGCCAGGGAGCAGAGAAGCUGGGGAUGGGAUAUCUGCAGAUAAAGAGCGUCUGGCUGGAUGAUGAGGGUCUGUACAUCUGUGAGGCUAACAACCAAUUUGGGACUGUCAGGACCGAAGUGAGAGUCUCGGUAACUGGGCUAGAGCCCCCAGUCCUGGCCCAGGGAGCCCCGGUCCUGACCACCAGAGUGGGCCAGUCUCUCAGUAUCCCCUGCAUGCUGCUGGAUGGAAUCCCCCUGCCUGAACGCCACUGGACCCACAACGGCAAACCAUUGCCGCUGAGUGGCCGGGCCUUCCUGCGGAGCGACGGCAGCCUUCACAUCGAGAGGACCGCCCCAGGGGAUGCUGGGAGUUACGUCUGCACGGCGGUGAACGUGGCGGGCUCAGUCAACAUCUCUGUGAGCCUGGAAGUCCACGUACCCCCUGAGAUCAACAGCGGUCCGUAUGACUACACAGCCAGCGAGGGCGUGGCCAUCACCCUGUCGUGUGAUGCCAGUGGCGUUCCCAUGCCAACCGUCACCUGGUCCAAGGGUCGACAGGCCUUGCCCAAGGACAGGACCCUCCCCCAGCCAGACCAGGCUGGCCACCUCCACCUCCCCAACCCCACCCUCCAGGAUGCUGGCGUCUACACCUGCACUGCCAGCAGUGCUGUGGGCUACACCAGCAGGGAGAUGCAGCUCAGCGUCAACACCAAACCUAAGAUAAUGGGAGUGAGCGGCCAUGGUAACACGGUAACCAUGGCUGCCGCGGUGGGAUCCGAGGUGGUUCUCCCCUGUGAGGUCCAGGGAAGCCCCUCCCCCCUGAUCACAUGGACCCGUGACGGACAGCCCAUCCCUCCAGUCACGGCGUGGUUCAGUGUGCUUCCUUCUGGCUCUCUGAAGAUCUCCGACGUGCGUUUGAGUGACAGCAAACGCUACACCUGCUCAGCGGCUAAUCCAGCGGGGAACGUGUCCCUGAGCUACGACUUAAACAUCCAAGCCAAGCCCAAGAUCCAGGCCGGGCCGUCGGUGCUGAAGGCUCUGAUUGGCCAGACGGUGACCCUGCCGUGCGUGGUCCAGGGGGAACCCCGGCCGCAGGUCAGCUGGUUCCACGACGGGCGCCUGCUGGAGACCAGGGACGUGGCGGCUCUCAGGAUCCAGAGGGCCAGCCUGGCAGACCGGGGCAGCUACAGCUGUGUGGCAGAGAACAGCGCGGGGCAGGACACCCUGCUGAUACAGCUGGAGGUGCUGGAGGCUCCGUCCUUCGCCGAGGCUGGAGACGUCGUCAUGGAGAUAGUGGCUAACAGCCCGGUGCUCAUCCCCUGCCCUGCUCAAGGUUCUCCUCCAGCCAAGGUGCGCUGGUUCCGGAACGGCUUGGAGAUACACGCCGACCAAUCAGAGCUGUCCGUGACGGCGGACAGCUCUCUUCUCAUUGGCUCGGCGUCGGCCAGUCACAGCGGAGACUACAAGUGCGUGGCCACUAACGAGGCAGGAUCUGCUGAGAGGAAGACGAGGCUGAAAGUGAUUGUUCCUCCAGAGAUCCAGGAUGAUGGACAGGCCUUGAACCUGACCGUCACCCUGAAACAGCCCCUGACCCUGGGCUGCGACGCCUUCGGCAUCCCCUCCCCCUCCAUCAGCUGGAGCAAAGAUGGCCGUCCUGUGGCUGAGUUCUCUGGAGUGUACCUGCAGAAUGGGAACAGACUGCUGAGGAUCUACAGGGUCCAGGCAGAGCAUGCUGGUCAGUUCUCCUGCGCAGCACACAACAGCGCUGGAGAGGCGCGGAGGAACUACAGCAUACUGGUGGAAGCUCCACCAGUGAUCUCUGGUACCAUGAGGCUACAGGAAGUGUUGGUGGUGUUGGGGCAGGAAGUCGAGUUCCAGUGUCGGGUCAGCGGGCGUCCAGCCCCCAGAGUGGAGUGGAGCCGCGAUGGAGAAGUGCUGUCGAGGGAUGGAGACCCCCAUGUGGACUUCCUGGAGCAGGGCCAGGUGCUGAAGGUUCGCUCCGUCAGACAGAGAGACCAGGGCCUGUACCAGUGUCUGGCCAGCAACAACGCAGGAACUCAACAACGCCAGUUCAGACUCAGUGUACAAGCCCCCCCCUCCAUCCAGGGUAGCAGUGACUCCUCUGAGGUGUCUGUGGUGCUGGGGUUCCCGACGGUGCUCUCCUGUGAGGCGGAGGGCUCACCUGCGCCCAGCAUCACCUGGCUAAAGGACAGCCAACCCAUCGUGUCCAGCGCCCAGCUCACCUACACGCAGGGGGGGCGGGACCUGAGGCUGGGGGCGGCGCGGGGCGACAGUGCUGGCCUGUACACCUGCCGCGCCUCCAACCCUGCCGGCUCCGCCCACAAACACUACACAGUCACUGUCCUGGUCCCUCCCCAGAUCGAGGCAGGGGAAUCGACGUUGCUCAGCUUCGGUGCCAGAGAGGAGAAAGUGAAGAUCAACGGAACAUUAACCCUGUCCUGCCUGUCCAAAGGCUUCCCCGAGCCCUCCACUCAGUGGUUCAAAGACGGACAGUUGCUGAGAGGAAGCUCCCAUGCCGGUAUCCAUGGCGACGGUCACCUUCUCCACAUCAGCUCUGCCAUGCUGUCCCACGAGGGCCAGUACACCUGUGUUGUAUCCAACACAGCCGGAGAAGACAAGAGGGACUUCCAUGUCACCAUUCAGGUCCCUCCCAUCUUUCAGAGGGUGACCCCGGGCUCUGCAGCCUGGGGUCUGGGAGAGGAGGAGGAGGAGGAGGAAGACACGGAGGAGGGGAUGACGAAGAAGACAGAGGUGGUUCUGGGUCAUCCUGUCAGCCUGUCGUGCGAGAGCAACGCCAUCCCCCCGCCCCGCCUUAGCUGGUACAGGGAGGGCCGCAAGCUCACCUCCGCCGACGGAGUUGUACUACUUCCAGGUGGACAGGUGCUGCAGAUCUCCCGGGUGCAGAAGGAAGAUUCUGGAAAGUACACCUGUCAGGCAGUCAACGAGGCAGGAGAAGACCGCAUGACCUUUGACCUGGAGGUGCUGGUUCCCCCCGUGAUCACCGGGGGUCUGGACUCCUUCAUGGAGGAGGUGGGGGCGGUGGUGAACACCACGGUGUCUCUGCUCUGUGAGGUGACGGGCCACCCGGAGCCUGCCGUGUCCUGGCUCAGGGACGGCCAGCCCGUACGCUCAGACACACACCACCUCCUCAGCCAGGACGGCACACUGCUGCAGAUCAUCAGCGUGCAGGUGGCAGACAUGGCAGGCUACGUGUGCGUGGCUGAGAACAAGGUGGGCACCAUGGAGAAGCUCUUCAGCCUCACUGUGCAAGUUCCUCCCAGGGUGCAGGGCCAGAGGGAGGAGGAUGUGGGCGUGGUCGAGGGUCACAUGGUGUCCCUCCUGUGUGACGUCCAGGCCUACCCUCCCCCUGAGAUGACCUGGACCAGGGACGGACAGCUGCUCCAGUUCAGCUCCGGCAUACACAUCCUACCAGGGGGCCAGAUGCUGCAGCUGCCCAGGGCCAGACUGGAGGACGCGGGCCAGUACGUCUGCACCGCCACCAACCCUGCUGGGCAGGACCAGAAGAGCAUCCUGCUCACUGUCUACGUGCUGCCUACGCUGAAGCCCCGCCCAGCCUCUGAGUCAGAGGUCAUGACCCCGCAGGUGGGCUCCUCGGUGACUCUGGGCUGUGAGGCCCGGGGCAUCCCAGAGCCUGAGGUCACAUGGUACAGGAACGGACUCCAGCUGGCGCCCAGCAACGGGCUGAAGAUGGACCCUCACCGGCUGGAGAUCUUAGGAGUUCAGGUGGCUGAUGGAGGAGUCUACACAUGCAAGGUGUCCAACAUGGCGGGCCAGGUGGACAGGACCUUCAGACUGAGCGUGCAUGUUCCUCCGGUCCUGGAGGGGCCCCCACAGGAGAGCCUCACCCAGUCCCUGGGCUCUCACGUCAGCCUGCUCUGCGAGGCCUCGGGGCUUCCUCCCCCCAGCGUCACCUGGCUCAAGGACGGCUCCCCCAUCGAGAGCAGUCUCCAGUGGCAGUGGGCCGUGCGAGGGAGCAGACUGGAGCUGGGGCCUCUCUCCCUGGAUCACGCCGGCAGGUACACCUGUGUGGCCCAGAACAGCAAGGGACGCACGCAGAAGGACUAUGCUUUAACAGUGCAAGUGUCACCCACCAUCCUGGAGUCCAGCCAGCCGUCGGACCUGAGCACCCCCGUGGGCGAGCAGCUGAUCCUGGACUGCCGGGUGACGGGGACCCCCCCUCCCCAGCUCAGCUGGCUGAAGAACGGGCGCCCCCUGGAGAGCUCCGACACCCAGCACAUCGACACGAGCCCUGACGGCAGCACCUUGACCCUCCUGGCCGUGCGGAGGGAGGACUCAGGGACGUACACCUGCCUGGCCGUCAGCCCUGCUGGACAGGAGAGCAAGAUCUACACCCUGCUGGUCCUGGUGCCUCCCUCUAUCUCCGGGGAGACGAGCAUCCCGAGGGAGGUCGUGACCCCCCAGGACAGCGUGGUGACCCUGGAGUGCCAGGCUGCAGGUCACCCCCCGCCCCAGAUCAGCUGGCUGAAGAACGGCCGGCCCCUGCUCCUCUCGCCUCGCACACGGCUGCUGUCCUCCGACGCUCUGCUCAGGAUUUCUCCAGUGCAGCUGUCAGACUCUGGGGUCUACACGUGUGUGGCUCGAAGUCGUGCUGGUCUGGCUGAGCUCAGCUACGACGUCCAGGUCCAAGUGCCCCCGGGCGUGGACCGCGUGGAGCCGGUGGAGCCGGUGACGGUGGUGCAGGGCUCGCUGGUGACGCUGACGUGCGAGGCGCGGGGCGUGCCCCCGCCCUCACUGGCGUGGCUGAAGGACGGCGGGCCGCUGGCGCUGCAGAGGAACCUGCUGCUGGACGGCCAGGAGACCAGGCUGCAGCUGGCCAGCGUGGCGCCCGGGGAUGCCGGCAUCUACAGCUGCGUGGCCAGCAACCAGGCCGGCAGCAGUACCAAGAGCUUCAACCUCACCGUGCUAGAGCCUCCGAAGAUCUCUGUGUUGGCCUCGUCCUCUGAGGAGAUGACCGUAGCGGUGGACAACACCCUGGAGCUGGAGUGCUCCGCGGAGGGCGUCCCCCCUCCCACGCUGAGCUGGCUGAAGGAUGGGCGCCCCCUGGAGGGCGUGGGGAUAGUGCAGGAGGAGGGGCACUUCCUCAGGAUAAGCAGCGUGAAGGUGGAGGACGCAGGUCUAUACACCUGUCUGGCCACCAGUCCUGCAGGAGAGGACGGGAGAAACUACUGGGUCCGAGUCCAAGCCCCCCCGACUCUCCUGGGCUCCAGUGACGUGAGGACCGUGUCGGUCCCAGCCAAGGGCCACCUGACGCUGGAGUGCCAGUCUGACAGCGACCCCCCUCCGGAGAUCGAGUGGUACAAGGAUGACGUCAAACUGCAGCUGGGGGGUCGUGUGCAGCGGCUGGCGGGCGGUCAGUACCUGGAGGUCCAGGACAUGCGUUCCCAGGACAGCGGUCAGUACAGCUGUGUGGUCACCAACAUGGCAGGAAGCACCAGCCUGUUCUUCACCGUCGAGGUCCUCUUGGCUCCAGUGAUCAGGGACAGCAGCUCCGUGGUGACGGCCCACAGCGGCCAGGACGCCCUGCUGCCCUGCCAGGUAGAGGCAGGAACCUCGGUGACGGUCACCUGGAGGAAAGAUGGUCUCCCACUGGCCCCUAACAACAACAGGUACUCCCAGUUGUCGGAGGGCUCCCUGCGUAUCGGUGAGGUCCGGUUGGGAGACGCGGGCCGGUACUACUGCACGGCGUAUAACCAGGCUGGUUCUGACCACCGUGGAACAGACCUGCGUGUGUUCGUGGGGCCCUCCAUCAGUCCUGGGCCCUUCAACGUCACCGUGACAACAGGCCUGAGAGCCGUGCUGAGCUGUGAGACCACAGGGAUCCCUCCUCCCACCGUCUCCUGGAAGAGAAACGGCACUCCCCUCAGUGUGGACCAGCAGCCCUCCACCUACAGGCUGCUUUCCUCUGGAUCUCUGGUCCUUUCGGCGCCGUCCAAUCAGGACGAGGGAUACUUCGAAUGCACUGCGGCCAAUGAGGUGGGAGAGGAGCGCAGGGUCAUCGAGGUCAUCCUGCAAGUUCCUCCAACGAUAGAAGAUGACGUCACCGCCGUCACGGCCGUCAAGAUGUCCCCCGUGGUGCUGCCCUGCCAGGUCCAGGGUCGACCCCAGCCCAUGCUCACCUGGACCAAGAGUGGCUCCAGACUCGGUGCCCGUGGUGGCAGCUACCGAGUCCUGCCCACAGGAGUGUUGGAGAUCAUAGCUGCGGUCCCCAGCCACGCCGGCCGGUACACCUGCUCCGCUCGUAACCCCGCCGGAACGGCCCACAAGCACGUCACCCUCACCGUGCACGAACCCCCUGAGAUCAGGCCCAUGGCGGAGGAGGUGCACGUAGUGUUGCAUCAUGGAACGGUCCUCCCCUGCGAAGCCCAGGGUUUGCCCCGGCCCACCAUCACUUGGCAACGAGAAGGCGUUCCCAUAGCAACCGGUCACAGACUGGCCCUGUUGUCUAACGGAGCUCUGAAGUUCUCCCGGGUCACGCUGGGCGACGCGGGUUCCUACCAGUGUCUGGCCCAGAGCGAGGCUGGCGUAGCCGUGGGGAGGACUCUGCUGGUACUGCAAGUUCCUCCGGUGCUGACCGUGCCCAGGGUGGAGUAUUCGGCCGUGCUGGGCCAGGCGGCCAGCCUGGAGUGUGCGGCGGACGGCCAGCCCCUUCCUGUGGUGUCCUGGCACAAGAACCGCAAGCCCGUGGUGGACGGGGCACGCCUACGCGUGUUCGCUAACGGCACGCUAACGAUUAGCGCCACGCAGCGUAGCGACGCCGGACUGUACACCUGCUCUGCCAAGAACCUGGCGGGCAGAGCCAGCCACGACAUGAGGCUGGACAUACUGAUCCCGCCCAUGAUUCCCAUUGGUCAGCAGGAGCUGUCAGUCAUACAGGGUUUCCAGGCACUGUUGCCGUGCGCUGCUCAGGGGUCCCCCGAGCCCCGGGUGUCCUGGGAGAAGGACGGCACUGCCGUGCCAAAGCUGCCCGGCAAAUACACGGUCCUGCGCUCCGGAGAGCUCAUCAUCGAACGGGCCGAGGUCCGGGACGCAGGUGUGUUCACCUGUGUGGCCACCAACACGGCCGGCACGGCCAGACAGGACACACACCUGUCUGUGAACAUGAGGCCCGUGUUCAAAGAGCUUCCUGGGGAUGUGACCCUGAACAAAGGUCAGAGUCUGGCCUUGUCCUGCCACGCCCAGGGCACGCCCACUCCAGUCAUCUCCUGGACAGCCAAUAACAGCCCUUACUCAGGAGCCAGUGUGGACGAAGCUGGCCGCAGCGCUCUGCUCAUAGAGAACGUGACCCUGAGCCAGGCAGGAACUUACGUCUGUGUGGCCGAGAACCGCGUGGGUUCCAUCCGGGCUCUCGCGUUCGUCCGCGUCAGAGAGCCCCCCGUGCUGAAGGGAGAAGCCCACACCACCCAGACCGUGGCCCAGGGAGGAGCUGCCCUGCUGGACUGCCCCGCCCAGGGAAGCCCCAUCCCCUCCCUGCGCUGGCUCCGGGACGGCAGGCCCCUGCUGCGCUCGCUCCGGCUCCAGACCCUGCAGAACGGCUCUCUGAUCAUCUACAGCGCCUCGAGUGGAGAUGCAGGAGAGUACAAUUGUGUGGCUGAGAGCGAGGCAGGAGUGGCCGAGAGGACCAUCACCCUCAGGGUGCAGAUAAACGGAGGUUACUCCAGCUGGGAGGAGUGGGGUCCAUGCAGCAGCACCUGUGGACGAGGGAUCCAGGAGCGAAUCAGGCUAUGCAACAACCCUGAGCCAGCCAAUGGGGGGCGGUCAUGUGACGGUCCAAGUAUGGACUCCAGGAAGUGCCAGUCUGGUCUCUGUCCAGGGGAGGUGCCCCGUAGGGCCAGGGGCAGUCUCAUCGGCAUGGUGAACGAGAGAGAGUUUGGGGUCUCCUUCCUGGAAGCUAACAUCACCAACAACCUGGAGGAGGGAACCAGCUCCUUCCAGGCCCACCUGGACAACAUUCCUCCCAGCUUGGGUCCUCUGCUGCGGGUGCUGGUGUCGGUGUUUGCUCCCGUCUACUGGAGCACGGUGCUGCAGACAGGAGCCACCAGGAACGGCUACGCUCUGACACAGGGCCUGUUCAGACAGGAGUCCCAGCUGGAGUUUGAGACGGGGGAGACUCUACGUUUAACACAUGUAGCCAGAGGUGUGGAUUCCGAGGGAGCUCUCCUGAUUGACAUCGUCAUCAACGGCUACGUCCCACCCACUCUGUCUGCCUCCCACCUCAGUCUGCAGGAGUUUGACGAGUCCUACGUGCAGACUGGGCCCGGCCAGCUGUACUCCUGGUCGUCCCAGAGCCACCAGAGAGGGGGCCGCCCCCUGACCCUGCGCUGUAACCACACCAUCGUGUACGAGGCCCCUGGGGGCCGGGAGGAGCGCCCGGGGCCCCUCCUCCAGCUCCUCAAGGUGUCCAGCAUGACGGGGGCCUACAGCAGGUUCACGCUCAGCCUGGACUUCCACAUCACCGCCUCGCUGCUCAUACCAGAUGGCGAUGGAGAGACUUGUCCGAAGGGUUUCGUUCUGGAUACGGCCUCUUACUGUGCUGAUGAGGACGAGUGUGCGCUCCAGUCUCCAUGUUCUCACUCCUGCAACAACGUCAUGGGCGGCUUCUCCUGCGCCUGUCCUUCAGGCUUCACCAUCUCCCAGGAGACCAACACCUGCCAAGAUAUUGAUGAGUGUGUCCAGGGAGUCCACAUGUGCCACUACAACCAGCAGUGUGUGAACACGGUUGGCACCUACCGAUGCCAGGCCAAGUGCGGCCCAGGGUUCAAACCCAGUGCCAUCGGAACAAGCUGCGAAGAUGUGGAUGAGUGUCAGGAGUCCUCUCUGUCCCCGUGUCAGCAGCAGUGUCUCAACACCCUGGGGUCUUACCGCUGCUCCUGUCACCCUGGUUACCAGCUGUCUGGACACCGCUGUCUGGACGUUAACGAGUGCACCAGGAACGUGUGCCCCGCCCACCAGCAGUGCCGCAACACAGAGGGAGGGUACCAGUGCUUCGACAGCUGUCCCAGCGGGAUGACCGCAGCGGAGGACGGGACCUGCAUGGAUGUGGACGAGUGUACGGAUGGGAGCCACAUGUGUCGCUACAGCCAGACCUGCCAGAACACAGUGGGGGGCUACGGCUGUGUGUGUCCCCGUGGUUACCGGACCCAGGGGGUGGGGCUUCCCUGCCAGGACAUCGACGAGUGCCAGCAAACCCCCGGCCCCUGUGCCCACCAGUGCUGGAACGUUCCGGGCAGCUUCCGGUGCCUCUGCCCCCCGGGCACGGUGCUGCUGGGGGACGGGCGAUCCUGCGCCGGCCUGGAGAGGGGCCGUAGCUUCAGCAACGGCACCCGGAUUCGAACCGGCAUCCGCCCCCAGCUGGUGUCGUCUCUGGGCCGGCCCGUCCUGUCACGCCACCACGCCGUGUCACGCAUCACCAGGCAGAGCUGCCCGGUGGGGUACAGCAACAAGGACGGGACGUGUGUGGAUGUGGAUGAGUGUGCGCUGAGGAAGCCGUGCCAACACGAGUGCAAGAACACCGUGGGAAGCUUCCUGUGUCUCUGUCCCCACGGUUACCAGCUUGGGCCCAACCGACGGAGCUGCAAAGACAUAGACGAGUGCGCCGUGCAAGGUGUCCAGUGUGGGGCCGGCCAGAUGUGCUUCAACACGCUUGGAGGGUACCAGUGCCUGGACACACCCUGCCCAGCCUCCUACCAGAGAGGGGGCAGCCCGGGGACGUGCUACAGACCCUGCUCUCUGAACUGUGCCUCCGGAGCUCCGCCCCUCCUCCUCCAAUACAAGCUGCUGACCCUCCCCCUCAGCAUCCCGGCCAAUCACAACGUGGUGAGGCUGUCAGCCUUCUCCGAGUCCGGGGUGCUGCAGGAGAGGACCACCUUCGCCCUCCUGGAGCAGAGCUGGGAGGCGGGCACGGCGGGCGGGCAGCAGUUUGGCAUCAGGGACGAGGCUGGCAGAGGCAUCCUCUUCACCCUGCGUUCUCUGGACAGGCCGGGCCUGGUGCGGCUCAGGGUGCAGGCCACCACCCUCUCAGCCCAGGGCCGCAUCACCUACCAGAGCAUCUUCAUCAUCUACAUCUCCAUCUCCAGAUACCCCUACUGAGCCACCCAACCCCCCCGCUGAGAUGGACAUGAAACUGAUCAGGCCCCUCAAAGGUCACUGGUGCCCCCCUCCCUGAUGGCCCCCAUCCUCCCCUGGGGCUCCCCUCCUCCUGCCUCCCCCUGCCAGGGCACCUCCUCUGCAUGGAGGAGGUACAGUGCAAAGUGGCCGGUGUGGAAACGCAGCCUUUACCGACAUGCAAUACCUUUUGUAUUUUACAGGAUAUUAUGGGCCCCCUUACCUGUGAUUUGAAAUUAACCUUAAAUUGUGGGGGAUACCGUUUUGUAAAGUUUUGUAAAAAAAAAAAAAAAAAUAUUCUUGAAAA